GCGAUGAGGUUACUCCACCUGCUCAUCGUGGUCGCGGCGGGGUGGACACAAUGCGAGCAGUCCUCCAGCGCUCCUGUGACGGUCACCACUUGUGAGAACGACACUGUACUGUUGCCGUGUCAUCUAGACCAGACUGAGUCAAACUACCACGUCCGAUGGUACAAAGACGGCCGGGUGAUAGCUGAUAGCGAGCAGGGGGUGCAAACUCCAAGGGUGAUGAUGUACUCCAACUCUAGUCUUCAGGUCGUGGAUCUGAAGUCUGAAGAUACAGGGGAUUAUACUUGCGAGGUUAUUCGGCCUGAGCCAAGUGGGCCAAUGCGGCAAACUCAUUACAUUGAAGUGCAAACUCCUACGACAGUGCGUACGAUCCCAGAGAAUGGAUACCAGGAGGUGCGCAAGGGGGAGUUUGUGGACAUCGGCUGCGAGACGACUGGCACCCCAGAACCAGUUAUCAAUUGGAGAAAAAAUGGCGAAGAGAUAGCGCUUCUGGAGCAUCGUCACCGCAUCAAGUUUCGAGCGGAACAUCGCUUGCUGGCGGGAGUGUACGAGUGCGUGGCCUUCAACGGGGUGGGAGAUCCUAUGAAAGCGAGUAUCAGGGUUGUUAUACAUGACGCUCCAGUUGUGACAGCAGAGCGUAGCUUCGUCCACACGGCGGUGGGUCUCCGGGCCGCGUUGAUCGCCAAGCUUGAAUUCUCAGUGCCGGCUGCCAAGACCGCUUGGUACAGAGACGGUGUGCCCGUUAGGACUGACGACAGGGUAGUAAUUAUGGUCUUCGACAACAUCCAUCAGCUGAUCUUCCGAACCGUUCGUAAGUCUGACCUGGGAAACUAUACCUUCAGAGCGGAAAACCCACUUGGCAUGGCUGAUGUGUCCUUCAAACUUACUGGUAUCCCAAAUGUGGCGUCUUUUAAAGUCGAUCCAGCGCUGAACAAGGCUACUGCCACCAGUUUCUCUCUCAUUUGGGAAGUGGAUUCUUACUCUACUAUCAUAGAAUACAACCUCUGGCUUCGUCCAUACUACGGCCGUCUUGCAUCAACCGACGGGGAUGGUUUCACUACCGAGACACCAGCGAACUUGUGGAGUAAGAUAGUGGUGCCCGGGGACUCCAGCGAGGGCCCGAUACACAGCGCGGGGUACACGGUGCGGGGCCUCACCCCCGCAACGGUAUACGAGGCCAUUGUCACCUCUAGAAAUAGGUUUGGUUGGAGUAAACCGUCUUCUGUUCUCCAUUUUGCAACGGAAACCGGAGCCGCUUAUGCACGCCCACCCACCACAGACGACAUAGACAUAAAUCCAGUCUUAGAAGAUGAGCAACCUCACAACAUUUCUCAAGCGAAGAUCAUAUUGUAUACAGCCUCCAAAUCUGAACAACUAUGUUCGUCUGUAACUGUUAUUUGUGUUUUGUUAUGGGUUUACUUCAGUUGAAAGGUAAAAUAAGAAAUUUGAAGCAGUUUAUGCUAUUAAAGACUUGACUUCUUAAUUAAAGCCAAGUGAAAAUUUUUCUGAAUGAUUCUGGAUGUCUCAAUUAAGUGAAGUAUAUAAAUUUGGACACUAAUAGCAAUAAAUACCAAUACUACGUUAAUUUGUAAAAGUAUUAAAGCGAAAUUGUUUUUUUUUUAUAAAUGUCACGAGUAAAUUCUGUUGACUGUAUCGACACAUUUCAUGCCAAA